UUCAACAGCAAAUAACAAAGCUAACGGGGAAUACCCCAUUAAAAAAAUGAAGAUUGAAAUUACAGAGGUGGAGGACGUUGGACAGGAGGAAAUAGCGACAUCUUGCUGCGCCUGCUUGACAGCUAUCUUCUCCAGGAUCAGGAGCAGCAGGAAAAGGUGUGUCAAUCAGCCCUCUGAAAAUUACAGAGUUACCAGGGUCCUCAACCGCCUGAGAAGGAGGCUAAAAGAGAGGCAGACCCAGGCCCAGGCCGCACCCGAAUCCAGCCUCUCUGGGUCUCAGAAAGUCAUCGAGACCAAUCAGGCCACAGACACCAAAGAUGGCAACCAGGCCCAGGUGACGGAUGCGGAGACGCCUAUUUGGUCUAAGUGGUUCAUCACUCAGCAAAGGAGGAAGCUGGAGCAACAGACUAAGGCUGCAAAGACAGCAGCAUCAGAGUCGAGACUCCAUAAGUCCCAGCCAGACCAGGCCACCGAGACCAUUGAGACCCCCGAGGGGGCAACCAAGACCAUUGAGGUCCCCGAGGUCAUUGAGGAUAAUGAGGGCCAGGAGGUGAUGGCAUCCGACCUCCCCAAGAUGGCUGAGGAGGCAGCCCCUCAGGAGCCCAUGGGAUGCUGGGGGGACGUCCCGUCUACCCCUCUGGAGGAUGCUGAGGCUACUGAGAAAGCAGAGGGAGAACAGGGCCUGAUCGCAGAAGAUGACCUGGACAGCGUGAGCAGUACUCUGAAAGACCUUGUGAUGGAGAAACAGUACAGCAUGUAUGGAGACCCGGACACCGUGAGCAUCGUUUUCACCAGCUCAGAGUCAGACCUCAGUGAGCUGGACAGGCUCCAGUCACAAGAUGACCUGGACACUCUGAGCAUCACUUCCACCAGCUCAAACCUCAGUGGCCUUGACAGCCUCUACCAACCGCAAGAUGACCUGGAAAUUCUGAGCGUCGAUUCCAGCAGCGCCAACCUCAGUGGCCUGGACAGCCUCUUCCAGUCAGAAGACGACCUGGACACUCUGAGCGUCGAUUCCAGCAGCUCCAACCUCAGUGGCCUGGACAGCCUCUUCCAGUCACAAGACGACCUGGACCUUC